AUGUCCAACAACAUGGCCGGCCAGGCGGGUUGGGAGGCCAACCCGCUGGCCUUCGUCUACCGGCAGGCCGUCAUCACCCCGGCCGAGAUCCCGUUGGAGUUCGACCUGUCCGAUGCGACUCUCAUCAUGACCGGCGCCAGCAGCGGCCUUGGUCUUGAGGCUAGCCGACAGUUUCUGGAGCGACAGCUGGGGAGGUUGAUCAUGGGGGUCCGGAACACGGGGAAAGGAGAGGCCCUCGCCGAGGGUUUGAGGAGGGAGUUCCCCAUGGCUCAGAUUGAGGUGUGGCAUCUCGAAAUGGAGUCGUACGAGAGCGUGCGGGCUUUUGCAACGAGGUGUGGCAAGGAGCUGUCGCGGAUCGACAUCGUGAUCCUCAACGCGGGGGUCGUCGCGCCGGCCUUCGCCAAGUCCCGUGAGGGCCACGAGCUGAUGCUCCAGGUCAACUACCUCUCCACGGCAUUGCAGGCGUUGUUGUUGCUGCCGAUCCUCAAGGAGAAGCGGCCGCCGGGUGAGCCGGGACGGAUGGUCGUGGUCAGCACGGACACGACGUACUGGCACACUCCCGAGGAGGACAUGGUGACUGGAUCCUUGUUCAAGCCGGCGGACAAGGAACGGCUCUGGGGUUCGGCGAAGAACUACCAGCUGUCCAAGUUCCUGGGUCAGCUAUUCGUGGCGAAGCUGGCCACACACGUCAACCCGGAGCAUGUCAUCGUGAACAUGUCGAACUCGGGUCUCACAACGGGUACCAACAUUGUCAAGCCGGCAGCAGAGCCCUUCUUCAUGGGCAUGCUCAAGAAGACUUUGGGCCGUAGCGUUGAGGUUGGUGCGCGGAGUUAUCUGGAUGCCGCCCUCGUGAAGGGCCCUGAGAGUCAUGGAAGCUUUACCUCUGAUGGGGUCAUUAAGCCAUGGCCGAGUGUGAUGUAUACCUCCGAGGGUACGGGGCUGAAGGAGAGAGUAUGGGCCGAAACGAAGAAAGAGCCUGGAUUCUCGGAAGCAUUUGAGAUAAUUGUGAAGGGGAUUUAA